GACAUAAAUAGGAGGCGAACAUGCUUUCCCAAUUGACACGCAUGACACAAGAAAUGUUGAAAUUGUUUAUUAAGACACUGUGAUAAACUGGGAACUCCACGAAGGACGACAUGGCUUGGGUGGCCCAAACGCCGGUGUUAGAGCUCUGGAUCAGCUGUGACAACAUGGGCUUGGGCCUGGGUAGCUGGUGGGCUCAUGGGGUAGAGUGGACCGAUGAAUCACAGACCCUGUCUGCAUAUCCUUCACAGAAAAACCAGGCAGGUGGGCCUAGGGCCGAGAAGACCGGGAUAGGGGCUAGGGUUCGGUGUUUGCCAGGGCUGUCUGUGGGUGGAGCAGGGAUUCGAUCCAGAGCUUCGACCUCGACCGUGGUUGCGAUGACCGCCAUAGCCAUGACCACUGCCGUUGCUGUGUUGCUGCUGUCCGUGGCUGCUGCUGCUGCUGUGGGACCCGCGACCACCGCUGGCGGGGCUGUGGAGGAUGACGCCAGGGCUGCCGGCGGAAAGAAGGGCCGUGCCGGUGGGAGAGUCGGCAUCCAACACAAGUUGUUGUUCCGAGACAGGGGCAUCUACGUCGUCCAACCAAUCGGCUAUGUUCUUGAGGGUUUGACAAUAGGUCGAGAUGGACAAAGAGCCUUUCCUCGUGGUCCUGAAUUGAUGUUCCAACUGCAUGGCUCGGGCGGGUUUGUUAUCCUGGAAGAGAGAGUGAAUGGAUCGCCAAAGUUCCGCGGCCGAGUCAGUGGAGGAGAUCACGAGAUCGGAGACUUCAUCGUUGAUUGUAGAGAGGAUCCACCCUUGGAGAAAUGUGCACCGGGUGGACAGCCGCUCGGGAGGCAGGCGCUGUGGAGAAGCUGCAUAGAGGGGGAGAGGGCGCUGGUGGUGGCGCCGCUGGGAGACAGAGGGGACGUCGGCGCUAGGGAAAGCCGAAGGGUCUCUUCCUCAGAGGACUACUCCUCUGAGAAUUCCAACUCCUCUUCCUCGACCGGGUCUUCUUCUCUGAACUCUUCGCCCGGUCAGGUUCCCAACUCCCCCAUUCCCGACCCGCAUCCUGUAAAUCAGGUGCCCGGUGAAACCUUCGAGGGGAGGGAUGACUCGGUUGAUGACGAACCAGUCCUACCGGGCGGGGCCGGCUGCGAAGGUUUUGUAUUCUUCAAAGCCCGCACCGGUAGGAAGUUCAUUUCCGAAGUCCCCCAGAGUAACCGGGGAUGGAAGGAAAAAUUUGUUUUCAUCGAAUUUCCCCCCUUCUUCACUCCUCUGGCCGGUCUGAAGUGGAACGACCAUCUGCUCGAUCAAGAGUACGCUGCACCGGCCUCCUUCCCAGACUUGGAAGCCAACCUCGAGAUCCUCAUGCGCGGGGAUCCUCAAACCGGGAGGAUCUUCCAUCAAGGAAGCUGGGUUUGGAGGGUAGAGUCGGGUGGUGAGGAUAUGGAGUUUGAAGAGUUCGCUAUCCCUGAGGACCAACCAACCAGGGAGACCGGGGGCUCCCAAGCCAAUCCUGCCAGGACUUUCCCGGUCAAUCCAGAGACCGUGGAAAUCCUGGAUGAGGAUGAGCCCCAAGAAGACCGGUCUAAGGGGAAGGAGAAGGAGAAGGCCGGUCGCCGGGUGAAGAAGGUGGCCACCACGCACCCCUCCUAUGCCAAGAAGAGGGCCUGGUCAGAUCCUGAGCCGGCCGGCCAGACCAUCAAAGAGGCCUUCGUCAACCUGGGGCUGAGGCUGAAGGAGGCGGGGGAGAUUGGACCCCUCACAGCCGACCGGCUUGGUUUAGGCUCUCCCUCGGAGUUUGCUCGGCUGAAGAAGGAGAAGGAUGAGAUGGCCCUCAUCUUGAAGAGCGAGGCCGAUGAGCUGAUCAGGCUGUCGGGGUUAGCCGGGUCCAUGAAGACCGAAAUCUCCCAGCUGAAGGAAGAGAAUGGCCGGCUCAUGGAUGAAGUCUCUGAGGCCAAGAGGGAGAUGAUGGAGAAGGAAGAAAACUUCCCCGGGCGCGCAGCCGCCUGGGUUGAGGAAAAUAAGGCCGAAGCUGCCCGGGUUCUGACGGCGAGCCCUGAAGCCACCAUGGAGUCCUUCAGGCUUCUAUACCGGGAGCCUGAAGGAAAGAAGAUGAUCACCGCCGUUGGAUCCUUCGGAUUCAAGUGCGGUCAAAAGAAAGACCGGGCAGCUUCCCACCGGAUCCUCCUGAAGAGAGACCCGGCCUUCACUGAGGCUUCCUACGGCCUGGCUCCUAUCCCAGAGGAAGAGCCCACUCCCCCCUUCCCCCUAGAUUAGGAUCUUCCCGGCUGCGCCCGGUUGUUUUUGUAAAAACCUCAACUUGAAAUUUCCCCGGGGAUGCCCGGUGUAGUUGUAAAACAUUUAACAUUCUUAUUUCGUUUGAAUGCCAUGUUUUCUUUUCAUACCGGUUAAUCUUCCACGUCUGAUUGCUUGUCUGAUUUAU